AUGGAACCGCUCCCUCCAAGUUUACUAGAGGUCUCCCGGCUAAGCGAGGCAGGUCCACCUCCCUCCCUCUUAUCGCGCUACUCUGCUGCUUCCAGAGCCCAACACUCCUUCCUAAUUUCGCCUCAUCCCGUCGCCGCCCGUCUGGUGGUAGCCAUCUUUCCGCGGCCCCAAGGUCCGUCAGCCCGCGCGCUCACCGUUCUGGCGGCGAGGCCCGUGCGCUUGUCCCACAGGAAGUCCGUGAUGGCGGCGGCACUGCGGCCGGAGUCCCGGCACCCCCGCGGCGACGAAUUCUCUCUCCGGGUCUUCGGCAGCCACAAAGCGGUGGAAAUCGAGCAGGAGAGGGUGAAGUCCGCCGGGGCCUGGAUCAUCCACCCCUACAGCGACUUCCGGUUUUACUGGGACCUGAUCAUGCUGCUGCUGAUGGUGGGGAACCUCAUAGUAUUGCCUGUGGGCAUCACUUUCUUCAAGGAAGAGAACUCCCCACCCUGGAUCGUCUUCAAUGUCCUCUCUGACACUUUCUUCCUGCUGGAUCUGGUGCUCAACUUCCGAACUGGCAUCGUGGUGGAGGAAGGUGCUGAGAUCCUGCUGGCGCCAAGGGCCAUCCGUACCCGUUACCUACGCACCUGGUUCCUGGUUGACCUCAUCUCCUCCAUUCCUGUGGAUUACAUCUUCCUAGUGGUGGAGUUGGAGCCACGGCUAGAUGCGGAGGUCUACAAAACAGCACGGGCCCUGCGCAUAGUCAGAUUCACCAAGAUCCUUAGCCUGCUGAUCUUUCACAUGACCUAUGACCUGGCCAGUGCGGUGGUUCGGAUCUUCAACCUCAUUGGGAUGAUGUUGCUGCUGUGUCACUGGGAUGGCUGUCUGCAGUUCCUGGUCCCUAUGCUACAGGACUUCCCUUCCGACUGCUGGGUCUCCAUGAACCGCAUGGUGAACCACUCGUGGGGCCGCCAGUAUUCUCAUGCCUUGUUCAAGGCCAUGAGUCACAUGCUAUGCAUUGGCUAUGGGCAGCAGGCACCAGUAGGCAUGCCUGACGUCUGGCUCACCAUGCUCAGUAUGAUUGUGGGUGCCACGUGCUAUGCCAUGUUCAUCGGUCACGCCACUGCGCUCAUCCAGUCCCUGGACUCUUCCCGGCGACAGUACCAGGAAAAGUACAAGCAGGUGGAGCAGUACAUGUCCUUCCACAAGCUGCCGCCUGACACCCGGCAGCGAAUCCACGAGUACUACGAGCACCGCUACCAGGGCAAGAUGUUUGAUGAAGAGAGCAUCCUGGGGGAGCUGAGCGAGCCACUUCGGGAGGAGAUUAUUAACUUCACCUGCCGGGGCCUGGUGGCCCACAUGCCGCUGUUUGCUCAUGCUGACCCCAGCUUCGUCACCGCAGUACUCACCAAGCUCCGCUUUGAGGUCUUCCAGCCAGGGGACCUGGUGGUGCGUGAGGGCUCCGUGGGCAGGAAGAUGUACUUCAUCCAGCAUGGGCUGCUCAGUGUGCUGGCACGGGGCGCCCGGGACACUCGCCUCACUGAUGGAUCCUACUUUGGGGAGAUCUGCUUACUGACCCGAGGCCGGCGAACCGCCAGCGUAAGGGCCGACACCUAUUGCCGCCUCUACUCGCUCAGCGUGGACCACUUCAAUGCGGUGCUUGAGGAGUUCCCAAUGAUGCGCAGGGCUUUUGAGACUGUGGCCAUGGACCGGCUUCGCCGCAUUGGCAAAAAGAAUUCGAUAUUGCAGCGGAAACGCUCUGAACCGAGCCCAGGCAGCAGCGGUGGCGUCAUGGAGCAGCAUUUGGUACAACACGACAGAGACAUGGCUCGUGGUAUUAGGGGCCUGGCUCCUGGCACAGGAGCUCGGCUCAGCGGAAAGCCAGUGCUGUGGGAACCACUGGUGCAUGCGCCUCUUCAGGCAGCUGCUGUGACCUCCAACGUGGCCAUAGCCCUGACUCACCAGCGAGGUCCUCUGCCCCUCUCCCCUGACUCUCCGGUGGCCCUCCUUGCACGAUCUGCUAGACGUUCAGCAGGCUCCCCAGCCUCCCCACUGGUGCCUGUCCGAGCAGGUCCUCUGCUGGCCCGAGGACCCUGGGCAUCGACGUCUCGUCUACCUGCUCCUCCUGCCCGAACCCUUCAUGCCAGUCUAUCCCGGGCAGGGCGUUCCCAGGUGUCCCUGCUGGGCCCUCCCCCGGGAGGAGGUGGUAGGAGGCUAGGACCUCGGGGCCGCCCACUCUCUGCCUCUCAACCUUCUCUGCCUCAGCGAGCAACAGGUGAUGGCUCCCCUGGGCGCAAAGGCUCUGGAAGUGAACGCCUGCCCCCCUCUGCGCUCCUGGCCAAGCCUCCAGGGACAGUCCAGCCUCCCAGGCCAUCAGUGCCUGAGCCAGUUACCCCAAGAGGUCCCCAAAUUUCUGCCAACAUGUGAAAUCCUAGGUUACACUGGCCUUAGCUAUUGGCAUGCAAUAAUGUGUGCCUGAGGGUAAAAGCGCUUUGGGGAAGGCUGUCAGGAUCUAAAAUACUGCCCUUUACUACCAUGAAGCUGUUCUGUAUCCUCAGCUCAAGCAGCUGCAGCCUGUUAAUCCUAAUCAUAUACCCAUUUGUGAUAGGUACCCAGUGCCUACCAUGUUUAAGGCAUUGUGCUAGGUACAUGUGUCUCCACUGCCAAGUAGAAGUGACUCAAAGCCCUCUCACAAAGGUAUCCCCAGGCCACCCUCCUGCCAGGUGCAGGCAUGGGCCCACAACCCUGCCUUUACUAAACACAAAUUUACCUGCUGCCAUCAUCACUGCCAACUAGAUGGCUGUUUCCCUGUCAGUGACCCUGCAGGUUCUUCCCAGUGUCUUAUCUUCCUGUCCCCUUCAUCAAAGCUGGGUACUGUCAAUUAUCUAUUACAACCAACAAAUGUCUAGGGUCCUGAGUGUGAACAUCACCCUCUUACCACCACCUGUGCCCUCCUCGUGUCCACCGAGGAGAACACAUGUCUGCCCACUGUAGUGUGCCCUCCACAGCUCCUGUAUGGUAGCACUGCCUUUGUAACUAGACGCUGCUCUUCACUGUGCACCCUGCCUCAGUGGUACUGCCCUUAAAGCUAAGGGAUACUUGGCAUCUUCUUACUAACUAUGCCAGCCUAGCUCCCCCCUGGAGGGGGGCAAGGGGCUGAAUCCUCAUGUGACCUUUUAUCUUUCCCUCUUUGUCUUAUUUAUUCAGUCAUUUAUUAAUUUUAUUUAUUCAUUUGCUAAUUUGACUUAUUCAUUCUGUUACUCAUUCCUUUAUCUGUCCGCCCCACCUCCUGGAAGGGAGGCUGAGGGACAGGAGGACAUCUUUGUGGUCCUCACACAAUGCCAUCAGCAGCAAGACUCAAACUCUCCGUAUUGAGGUAGUGGAGAGGGGGUGACAGGUUGAUGGGAGGGCUGCACUUAUUUUUGGUCCCCUCAAUCGGGCUUGCUGUUGGUUCAGAAGAGGCAUGCCUGGGGUCUCCAAACCAGCAGCACGCCGGAUUCCUCAGGGACAAGAGCACCCUCUGCCCACCUUUCCCUACACUAUGGCGUUGAAGUGUGGGGGCGGGACCACACAUCUCCUUUUCUCCCUGGUUGGGGGAUUCUGGGAUUCCUACCUGUGGAAGUUGUUUUUAGAACUGCAUCUAUACAAUUAGGGUUAAAUUUUUUUCUUCUGAUCUGUGGGGGAGGGAAAUGUAGCUGUGGAAGAAUUUCUAGAUCAUCUGGUCCAGCAGAGCCGUGGACAUGAGAACUGUCAGAUUAGUGGUUUGUAAAUUCCAAGGUUGUAGUCAGUAAGAAAAUAAGGCUGCCUGAA